AUGUCUUUAGAUAACGACGCUGUACCUGCGAUACCAAAUCUGGCGCUUGCGCAGUGUGUAUUUGUACUUCAGCAGCCAUCUCUAGCCCAUAUCCAUGACUCUACGCGUAAGACGCUGAUUGAGGCGAUAAAUAGGGACGAAAUGGCCCCUUUUGCUGCCUCUCUCCCAUCCUCCAUCCUCCCACAGAGCGAGAAAGACGCACUCGUAAGCACCCACCAGCCACGCAACCAAAGCACAGUCGAUGAAAUUCACCACGCUAUCACCAAAGCUCAAGCUGAAGAAGGCGAGUCUGAAAUCAGCGAUAACCUCCGCAAGCUCGCUGUUCAUUACGUGCGUAUUGGCGAUAAACCAGCUUCCAUUCCAGCCAUCACCGAGGCAAUCAACAAAACAGCCGGUAUCGGUCACAAGAUUGAUCUUAAUCUGCUUCUUAUCAGACUGGGGCUUUUCACCAACGAUCACCGUCUGAUCACCCAGCACAUCGCCGCUGCUCAAACCCUCGUUGACCAAGGCGGUGACUGGGAUAGACGUAAUCGUCUUAAAGUCUACGUUGGUCUUUAUGCGCUCAUGGUGCGCGAUUUCCACAAAGCCACCACUCAAUUCCUCGAUACUCUCUCCACUUUCACCUCUUACGAGCUUCUCGAGUAUGACGAAUUUAUCAUCUACACCGUCAUAGUAUCCCUCCUUACAUUGGACAGAGUGCAAUUAAAGCAGCGCAUUAUAGAGAGUCCGGAGGUAGUUGGAUUGAUGCACAACAACGCCUUGAUUAAGAAUCUCGCUAACAGUUUAUACGAUUGCAACUACGCCCUUCUCUUCAAAUCGCUUGCGGGGGUUGAGGAGACCUAUCUUCUUCCUUCUCGGUACUGGAGUGGUCAUGCGCGGUUCUACUCGCGCGAAAUACGUAUUAGAGCUUAUGGACAAUUACUGGAGUCGUACAAAUCACUCAACAUCUCUCACCUCGCUAACACUUUCGGCGUGAGUGACGCUUUCGUUCACAAGGAAUUCUCCUCUCUUAUCCCGGCCGGUCGUCUCAACUGCACACUCGAUAGCGUGGCCAAUGUUGUCGUCAGCAGUCGCAAAGAUGCCCGUGUGGGUAGCUAUCAAGGUGUCGUAGCUGGGGGCGAUAACCUCCUCAAUUCCGUGCAAAAGUUGGCACGUGUGUUGAAUUAA